AAGCAGCUUCACUUGGGCUGGACAGCAGGACGCGUGCCAGAGCACACCCCCACCCAAAACACUGUGCCAGGAGCAACCACACUGGGCAUCCAGCAAAGACACCCACAGUCAUCCUUAGAGACACUGGGAUUACCUGACACCCUCCAACUCAGCAAGAUGGUGAAAAGUGAAUACAGAGAGGAGGAUGACUUGCUGUCACCUGGCUCAGACUGCUCCGGAUCUUCCUCCAGUCUUUCCCCCCAGACCUGCAGCUCUGAUGAUGAGCAGCUCCUGGUCCUCCAGCCGGGGCAGGGGGCUGGAAACACUCCGGGCAGCAAGAAAUCAAGACGAAGCAGAGCCAAGAACACCAACAAAAACGGAGAACAUGUCACCAUCAUCAAAAAGACCCGGCGGGUGAAAGCCAAUAACCGAGAGAGGAACCGCAUGCACAACUUGAACUCUGCCCUGGACUCCCUCCGGGAGGUGCUGCCCGCCUUCCCCGAGGAUGCCAAGCUCACCAAGAUAGAGACCCUGCGCUUUGCCCACAACUACAUCUGGGCACUGUCUGAGACCCUGCGCAUGGCAGACCAACUGCAAGUGGGGUCACAACCCCCAGCUCCACUCCUCAACCGCGAGCCCCUCUCUCCAGCCAGCCCCUCUGCAUCAUCAUGGAGCUGCACCUCCUCCCCAGCAUCUUCCUGUGAUACCUUGUCCCCCUGUAGCCCAGCCAGCUCCUCAUCGGACAUCAUGGAGUACUGGCAGUCUUCUAACCAUCACCUCCACCUGGAGCGCAGCCAGCAUCAUCACCUCAUUAUGUCAGGGGGUUUCAUGUGAGCUGGACUCUCUCAUGUUAUAAACCCAGGCUAUAUCUGUAUGCCUGUAUACAGUGACUUUAUCUUUCUGAGGAAGGAGAGACCGAAACUAGUACUGCAGGGUCAUCUGUACCAGUGGUAGAUGGGCUGCCUUGCCUUGUAACAUGGGGUUUACUUGAAAUGUGGAAUAAUGUCUUUAUAGCAUUCCACCACAAAUUGGGUCUCAAAAUCUACUCAUCAGCAUGUGGGGCUAGUGACGUGUAAUGUGUGAUAUGGCAUCAUGUAUCAGGUGCAGUGAUCAGGGCUAGAGGAUAUUUAUCAGAGAGAAUGUAGUAUGGUGGCUUCUCAGCUUAUGUGGGUGAUCUUACAGGACAGGGACCGAGGAAGGGCAGCUAGUAAGUAAUGUUGUCAGUUGUAAUAUACAUGUUUGAUUUGGGUCUGGGUGCACAAAUUUAAAUAUAGGACAUCUGCUUCCUUCCCAGUGAUUGUUGGAUGCUGUGAGAAUGUCAACUGUCAAACCAAACUUUCUGAUAUGCACUUUGUUCACUUUCCCAGAUAAGUCACAAUACCUUUUUGUGCUUCCAUUCUUUCUCUCCACUUCCAUCUGUCUUCUAUGAUUAAUAUGAAG